GAGGUGGAUCACACUCACGCUCACACAUACAUAGCCUACACAAGCCUUCAUUCAGCACUGCCUUCCUAAGAAGAUUAGGUUUUUUUGCGCUGAAGAUUGUCUCUAUAUUCUUCCAACACUUUUUUUUCCUUCUCCCUCCCUGAUCAUGUUGAGGAUGCUAAAGCGCGUGCAGCUCCGCCCGGGCUCGCUUUUAUUACUCCUGUGGCUCUGUCAUUUCAUUCAAGAGCAAAAAGUGCAAGCUGGGAACUGCUGGCUCCAGCAGGGGAAGAACGGUCGCUGCCAGGUGCUCUACAUGCCAGGCAUGAGCCGUGAGGAGUGCUGCAGGAGCGGAAGACUGGGAACCUACUGGACUGAAGAGGACGUCCCGAAUAGUACCCUGUUCCGCUGGACCAUCUUUAACGGAGGGGCGCCCAACUGCAUGCCAUGUAAAGAGACGUGUGAGAACGUGGACUGCGGACCCGGGAAGAAGUGUAAGAUGAACAGGAGGAGUAAGCCACGCUGCGUCUGUGCCCCUGACUGUUCCAACAUCACCUGGAAGGGGCCGGUGUGUGGCUCCGAUGGAAAAACGUACCGUGAUGAAUGUGCACUCCUGAAAUCGAAGUGUAAAGGACAUCCCGAUCUGGAGGUGCAGUACCAGGGCAAAUGCAAAAAGACAUGCCGUGAUGUGCUUUGCCCUGGCAGUUCGACGUGCGUCGUGGAUCAGACCAACAACGCCUACUGCGUCACGUGCAACCGCGUGUGCCCCGAGGUGACGUCACCCGACCAGUACCUGUGCGGCAACGACGGCAUCGUGUACGCCAGCGCCUGCCACUUACGGAGGGCCACGUGCCUGCAGGGCAAGUCCAUCGGCGUGGCCUAUGAGGGCAAAUGCAUCAAGGCGAAAUCGUGCGAUGAUAUCCAGUGCAGCGGAGGGAAGAAGUGUCUGUGGGAUGAGCGAUUGGGACGCGGCCGGUGCGCGCUCUGCCAUGACGAGUCGUGUCCCGAGAGCCGCGCGGACGAGGCCGUGUGCGCGAGCGACAACACCUCGUACCCGAGCACGUGCGCCAUGAAGCAAGCUGCAUGCUCCAUGGGCGUGUUGCUGGAGGUUAAGCAUUCAGGAUCAUGCAACUGAAUCUGCGAAAUUAGAGCUGAGCCAAUGAUGCCCCACACAUACGCACACACACAUACACACAUAUACACACACACACAUAAGAAAGUAGCUGGCAAUCACAGAAGGAAAACACAAGCAUUCACUUAGAUUCUGCGCUGUUGUGGUCUUUAUUCAUACAACAGCUACCGUAUAUUCUCCCAUAUAGCCAUUACGGAAGACCAGGAGGAGGACAACGACGAGGAGGAUGACGAUGAUGAUGAGGAUGAGGAUGAAGACCAGGACUACAUGGCUUACGUCCAUUUAUCACCAAUACUGGACGGAUAAACGGCCAUCAGCCAGGGGGAAAAAGUCCUGUGGCAAGGAAAACCAUGUCCACACUGUACAAAUGUGUAUGCUAAUUUAUUUUUCGACGAAAAAAAAGGAAGUAUACAUAUAGUUCAGUCUGAUAGAUGUUUAUUUAUGCAGUGUUUCAUAAUAAUUUAUACCUUUUUCGAUGUCUGACGUACUAUCUUGAUCAUGUUAUUUUUUUGUGUUCACUUGGUUUUAUUAUUAUUAUUAUUAUUAUUAUUAUUAUUAUUAUUAUUAUUAUGAACUAUAUUUGUCCAAAGAGAAGCAGUGUUAUUUAUUGUGACCGCUAUAGAGUGUAAAGUGUGCAAGUCUUCUGCAAGUUGUAAAUUGCAUUCCCCUUGCUGUAAAAAUCCGCUUAUCGCUUAUCCGUUCUACUAUCAUAGAUGUUUAUUUCACACUUAUCUGCAUGUCAGCCUGUGUGUUUAUUUAUUGGGAAGAAAAAAAAUAAUAAUAAUAACUGUCACUCUUUAAUGUAAAAUGACGAUGUUUCUGGUUUUGUUUACUCUUCAAAUUGACCAAAUGGAUUUUCCUCAACGUUUCAACGCUCUACAGUGCAACACGCUAACAUUUCAUUCACGAGCCAGUUCUCAAGGGAAAAAAGAGAAGAAAAAAAAAUGUCCUUUAUGUUUUGUUUUUAUUUUAUUUUAUUUUAUUUUUCAGUUUGUUUUUUUAUUGUUUUUUAUUGUAUUCAGCUAUUUCUGAUUGUUUUAAAAAGAAAAAAGGUGCCACUAACACGUUUCUGAUGUAUGAUCAUGGCCAACGCUUUGCUCUAUAAGACCUCCAUCUUGGUCUGAUGUGACGUAGGACUGAGUAUCGACAUAUUGAACAUUAUCACUUCUUAUUUUUUGUUAUUUUUUUAAAAGUACAUUUUUUUUUAUUUUCUGACAUCCACAAGAUAGUUAUAAAUAUAUAGUUUUGUAUUUUUUUAAUGUAAAUGUCAUAUGUAUAUACAAAGUUUGAUGGUAUUUGUACAGAUAUGAAGAGUGAAACCAUAAAAAAAAAAAAAUA